GAUUUCUCCGCUUUUUCUUUCCCAAAGGAGAAGCCAAGCCUCUGGAUUUUUAGCUUCCUUCUCUUUCCUUCGAUCUUACGAAGAAACUCUCUCUCUCUCUCUCUCUCUCUCUCUCUCUCCCCUUGAAUUUUUGAAGAUGCGCCGUUCAUCCACCAGAAAAAGCGGGCCACCUAACCCCACCGUCCAUUCCUCCGCCGUCGAUCUCUUCCGCUCUGCCUCAAGUAAAGCUAGUAACAAGGAGUUGGAACGGAUAGACCACCUUUUUUCUUCAUAUGCAGAUAAGUCUUCUGGCAUGAUUGACCCAGAAGGAAUUGAGUCACUUUGUGCAGAUGUGGAAGUGGACCACACUGAUGUCCGGAUACUUAUGCUUGCCUGGAAAAUGAAAGCUGAAAAGCAGGGAUACUUCACCUUGGAAGAGUGGCGAAGAGGCCUAAAAGCGCUACGAGCAGACAAUAUUAGCAAAAUAAAAAAGGCACUGCCUGAAUUGGAGAAGGAGGUCAGGAGGCCACAAAAUUUCUCGGAUUUCUAUUCAUAUGCGUUUCAAUACUGCUUAACAGAGGAGAAGCAAAAGAGCAUAGACAUUGAGAGCAUCUGCGUAUUGCUGGAUCUUGUUUUAGGGUCCCAGUACCAUCCUCAGGUUGAUUCGCUGAUUGAUUAUCUAAAGAAGCAAAAUGACUACAAGGUAAUUAAUAUGGACCAGUGGAUGGGCUUUUUCCGAUUCUGCAAUGAGAUAAAAUUCCCAAGCCUUGACAACUACGAUCCAGACCAUGCCUGGCCCUUGGUUUUGGACAAUUAUGUUGAAUGGAUGAGAGAGAAGCAGAAGCGCUAGAUCAUCAAUUUCUGGGAUCUUGAGUUGAUGCCUUAAGCUAAAACACCUAUCAAAGAAAAAGGACUUCAGUGAAAACCUUGAACUCUACCAAGUGGGGCCUCUGGUGCAGAUAUCAUUGUUCAUUGUGUUUUGAAUAUUCUUGAAAGGAAGGCGUUGAGGUAUCUUUUACGUUAUUCUUUCAGCUUCAAUGUUAUUUGGUCUGUCGAAUUGGCUACAUUUUCCUUCUUUGGUGAGCAGACAAGAAGAAAAUCUAUUGGUUUUGGAAUUGAAAAUUACAAUCAUAAGUUAAAAGUUGUCAUGGCUA